CCAAUUUGUAGUUGCAGAGCAUCUUCUAGAUUCCGGCUCUAUCGACUUCUACCUUCGCUUUUCUCCUUCACCAUGUCUCUUCUUUUUCAUUCUCCUCUCCCCCUUACCUCGUACAAAUUGAAGGAUGUUAGGCUGAGCCCUUCAUCAUUCUCGGGCCGAUGGGAAUGUAUAAGCAGAAACAAUCGUUCUCGAUUUGGUUUUACCAGUGCUAAUUCUGGUAAAAGUGGGGUUCGAGCGUUGUUCUUCAAUCCUUUUGACGACCCCAUUCUCAAAGAAGCUGUCAAGGAACCAGUGGCCUUCUUGGGGGGAGUUUUUGCGGGUGUCCUAAGGCUAGAUUUGGAAGAAGAGCCUCUUAAGGAAUGGGUCACAAGGACUGUUGAAGCUGCUGGUGUCAAUGAAGAUGAACUUGAUACCGAAGGUUCAACAACUGAGGCAGCUCCUCAGCAGAUUGAGAUUGAAUAACUCCUACUGUAUACAACGUUUAUGAUCUUAGCAUAACAACCUAUAUGCCUCAAUUUUUCUCUUCUUUUUUCUUUUUUUAAAAAAAGAACCAACCGGUUAUAUAUGACUGAUCAGGUUGGAGUCCAUCUUUCUAUUCUCUUGCUCUGCCUGGAAUCACCAAUUGUACGUCUGUUGAUAUUGCUGGCUUGACUCCAUCCUCUGGCUAUCCAAUUUGUGAUUAUCUUUCAGUAGAUGUAAAUCUAUUGGCUUGAUACGUGAUAAACUAAAACAAUAGUUGGUUGAGUCGAGACUUGUGUAUGUUACUGACACUUUUUCUUGGAAAUAAAAUAAAAUAAAAUAAAGUCGACAUUUGGUAUGCUACCGAA